CCCAUUCAGUCGCAACUGGUACGCGAUCGUGUGAGAACAGCGGCGCGGUUAGAAAUUCGAACAAGUGCUUAUGCGCAAGGUGGACGGCUGCGCAUUGUAACACAUUUUGAGACCUUAAAACGACCACCGUCGGUGUAGAUCUGAACCAGUACUUAUCUGUUGCUUGGAAGCAUCUGUUUGUCUGCUUGAUGAAAACAUAGAAUGACAUCAAGGAAACUAUAGUGAUAAUGGUGGAGGUACCGACACAGUUCUGAUAGUGGCAUCAAUCGAUUCUGGAGCUACUGAACAAGGUUGCGAUAGUGAAGUGAUCUAUGAAAUGCAUCUUGUGCUGAACUUCAGUGGCAAGUGAUUAUUCUAGUGAACCGCGAUCAACAUAAUUUGUCCGAUUGCCUGAGUAGUGCGCUGUACUCUGUGAAGCAGGUAAUAUUUGGUUAUGUCAUGUGUCUUGUAUGGUUCGUUGCUUAAACGUGAAUAGAGGUGGAAGCGCGAAACUGGAAAGGUGAUUUUUUUUGUGUGUGGAGUGGCGAGAUCGAGAAACAUUCAGCGAUAGUGAAGUUUUUAUUUCACAGCCAAUCACGCAGCAGCGGACAAGAUGCGAUUUGCCUGAACUGAACUAAGCCACAUCCUUUUGCAUACGAAUUCAUUGAUCAAUUGCUGAUCAUUGUUAACGGUACUGCAACGUCAUGGGCAAAUCAGUUUACACAAUCAACGCGGACAGCCCCAGCGUGAAUGGGACUGCGACAAUGGAGUUAAGGAAUGGAACCGUUAAACGUGACGAGGAGAAACCGGAAGCGGGAAGGUUUCGAACCAUCUUACCGCAGAUUUUGGCCAGUACGGCGAAGAAUUUCCUCCUACUGGAUCUGGGAAUGGCAGUUGCUCUUCCCACGAUAGUCAUCCCGGCGCUGCGCGGCUUAAAAAAUCGAGCUCCGGAUGAAUUUCUGCAUUUUACACCGGCACAGGCAUCGUGGUUUGGAAGCAUUGCAUACAUAUGUCAACCGGUUGGUAGUGUACUGUCCGGUAUCGUCUUGGAGCCGUUGGGGCGGAAACGGUCGAUGAUUUUAGUCAAUAUUCCUCAUAUUAUUGGUUGGUUGAUGCUAUAUCAAGCUGGAUCGUUGACAGAGAUGUACACAGCGGCUGUUCUGCUUGGCCUCGGGGUUGGAUUCAUGGAAGCGCCCAUCGUUACAUAUGUAGGUGAAAUAUGUCAACCAUCGAUUCGAGGUAUCCUGACCUCGUGUGCCGGUGUAGCAGUGAUGUUAGGAUUUUUCUUCGUAUUUCUCCUGGGAACGGUCACUACGUGGCGAAUCACCGCUGCAAUAUGCGUGUGCGUGCCUCUAACCACAAUGAUUGCCAUUUGCUUCGUACCGGAAACACCCAUGUGGUUACUAUCGAAAAACCGAGAGGAAGACGCUCGCAAGUCACUUCAGUGGCUACGUGGUUGGGUUUCAUCGAAAGCUGUGGAGAAGGAAUUCAAAGAAAUGCAGCGCUACAACAAAAGUGCAGCUCAGUGCACCCCAUGUCAAAAAUCGCAAAACUCUAAAUGUGAGCACCCACCACCGAGCGAAUGGAUGAAGCUGCAAGAGCUGAUGCGGAAGCGUAACUUACGACCAUUUGCACUGGUAUUGUUGCUCUUUGCUUUUGGACAGCUAAGUGGAUUGACUGGUAUGCGACCAUACUUGGUGCAGAUCUUCCAAGCAUAUGGAGUGCCACUUGACGCGAACUGGGCCACGGUGUCCACCGCCUUGUUGGGAUUGGCUGCAAACAUUGUCUGCAUGGUCUCUAUCAAAUUUGUUGGCAAACGGAGAUUGGCCCUGUUCUCGUUUACCCUCACAUCGCUAUCGUGUCUUUCGUUGGCGAUAUAUGCCUUCAACGUGUUCCCGCCGGGAUGGUCAUCAUCCGAUAUGCACGAGACUGUGAACACAGCUAACGGGUUGAAUUAUUUAGCCAUGUUCCUGUUCUUAACCUUGGCAUUUGCUACCAGCGUCGGUGUGCUUCCGGUGCCGUGGAUUUUGCUCAGUGAGGUGUUCCCAUUCAAAAAUCGCAGCUUGGCAUGCGGUAUAACUGCAGCCCUCAACUAUGUCAUGACAUUCGUAACGACUAAAACUUAUUUCAAUCUUGAGAGUUCCUUAUCACUGCCGGGAGUAAUUUUAUUCUAUGGUAUAUGCGGUAUGAUUGGCGUUCUUUUUGUCUAUUUCUUCUUACCGGAGACGGAGAAACGAACCCUCGAAGAUAUUGAGCUGUACUUUUCCGACAAUAACAGAAAGCUGACGGAUAUUCACAUCGAACGGUACCAUCGGGAUAAGGAGAAGGCGGCUGCCAUCGCGGACGACCUUGCCGCGAAGCAAAAACAAGGCAUUGAUAAUACGGCUUAUAAUGAGAGCGAAAAAUGAAUCUCUUAGUAUCCUAUGUAUUAAUUUAUUAUUCUAUAGAUUUUAUUAUAGUUCUAGUUGCCAUAUAUGGAAUAAAGUGACAGAUUUCUUUUGAA